ACUAAUUCCUUGAAGUUCAACCAUGGCAACCGACGCAAAAAGAGCGUCACAGCAUCAUAACGUGUUCAUCAAUUUUCGAGGCGCCGAGCUGCGCCAUAACUUUGUUGCUCACCUGGAGAGUGCCUUAAAAAUGGACGGAUUCAACGCCUUCGUAGACCAAUAUGAUUUGAGGGGUGGCGAUCUUAUACACUUACCUUUCAAGAGGAUUGAAGAGUCGAGGAUCGCGCUGACUAUCUUCUCAACAAAGUACGCUGAAUCAUCAUGGUGCUUGGAUGAGCUGGUGAAAAUUAGGGAACGUGUGGAGGAAGGCACACUCGUUUUGAUUCCCAUAUUCUAUAAGCUGAAUCCAUACGAUGUCAAAAGGCUUGAGGGAGAUUUUGGCUCUAAGUUGUGGAAUCACGUGAAGCAUACUUCUGAAUUUGACAAGCUCAAGAAAUGGAAAGAAGCUCUGGAUUUCAUUUCUCAAAAGACUGCCUUGGUUUUGACUGAGAACAGUGAUGAGAAUGAGUUCAUCAUAAGAAUCACCAAGGAAGUCAAGAGAGUGAUCCGGAAUUUAGAGGAGCAACUGGAUCCUGGUUUCUACGGAUCAGAGAAGUUGAAGCAGGUGGAUAGUGAAAGUGAUGCAAAUCCAGAAGAAGUUGAUGAGAGUGUGGGAGGUGAAGCAAGCAUGUAUAGCAAAUCAAGAAGUGAGGAUGACAUGUUCCUUGGUGAAGAAAACUCUGAUGCAAUCCCUAAUUUAGAGAAUAGCUUUGACAGCAAGCAUGGAAAAGCCAAGCAAAAUUCUAUAAUCGCGACCUACGAAACAUACGCAGCACCGCAUCAUGUGUUCAUCAAUUUCCAAAGGAAAGAUGUCGGUUUCAGCUUUGUAAGCCAUUUGGUUUGUGCCUUGGUAAGGAAAGAGGUCAGCGUUUUAGUUGACAAAGACGAGAAGAGAGGUGAAGAGGAUGUUGACAAUCUUUUCAAGAAAAUAGAGGAUGCGAAAAUUGCACUAGUAGUGUUUUCAACCAGCUACUCAGAAUCAACAUGUUGCUUAAACGAGCUGGUGAAGAUCAAAGAAUGCAUGGACGAAGGCAAACUCAAAGUCAUUCCGAUCUUCUACAAGGUGGAGCGAUCGCAUGUGCAACAACUGAAUGGAGAUUUUGGUUGUAAGCUUUGGAAUUUUUGGAGGCUUCAUCGAGACCACAAUAUUAUUAAAUGGGUGGAAGCAUUGGAGUCUGUUGCGAGCCUUGGGGAUAUGUUGGAACUCUCAUCCACGGAGGACAGAUUAGAGAGCAUGUUUGUGACUUCCAUUGUCGAGCAUGUCAGUGAAGCUCUUAGUAAGAUUCCUUUACAGGAAGGAUACAGUCUUGAAACUACAAAAUUUCAUGAAGGAAGAGAAGUAAAAUCUAUAUAUCUCAACAAGCUCCCGCUCUAUGGCAUCGAACAACGUGUGGAGCAACUGGAGCAGAUUUUAGAGUUUGAUUGCGACGAAACUAGGAUUGUUGGAGUUGCUGGGAUGCCUGGCAUUGGAAAAACCACUCUCGCAAUGUGGUUGUAUGAAAACUGGAACUGCAAGUUCGUACGGUGUGUGCCUCUUCUGGGUAUCCGUAAGAAGUCGGAAGAACAUGGGCUAGUGUGGCUAAGGACAACACUCUUAAAAGUAUUACUCGGUGGGGAGAUUCCAAACAUAAAUGACAAGACAACGAAUGAAUCCAUAAAGAAGGAAUUGCUUCAGACCAAAGUCUUUAUUAUUCUAGAUGACGUGACUGACAAGAAACAGAUUGAGUUUCUACUUGGUGACUUCAAAUGGAUUAAGAAGGGAAGCAAAAUUGUUAUCACAGCGCGCGACAAAUCUUUGCUGGAGGGAUUGGCUGAUGAUACAUAUUUGGUUCCACAACUGGAUAAUAAUGAAGCCUUUCAACUCUUAAGUUAUCAUCCCUUGAUGGUCAAGACUCUAGUCCUCAGGGGACAUUAUUGACUCGGUUCA